AUGGCCGUAGACGUCUUUGCGGUUCCCGUCUUCCUUGUUGUCUUUCGAGAGACUCUUGAGACAGUCAUCAUCGUUUCUGUCUUGCUUGCUUUCCUCAAGCAAACCCUUGACGGUCCCAAUGGUGACAUCAAAGUGUACAAACAGCUGAGACGUCAGGUCUGGCUUGGAACGGGUAUCGGUUUCUUCAUCUGCUUGGUUGUCGCCGCUGCUGUCAUUGGUGUCUUCUACACCGUUGGCAGGAACUCAUGGGAGAAGAACGAGUACUACUACGAAGGUGCAUUCUGUCUCUUUGCGUCCCUAAUCAUCUCCGUCAUGGGCGCAGCUCUGCUCCGUAUCGGAAAGAUGCAAGCAAAGUGGCGAGUCAAGCUGGCAAAGGCACUCGAAUCGCCAAUCAAAGCUGGUUCCAAGGGAUGGUUCAAGCAGUUUAUCGAGAAGUACGCUAUGUUCGUCUUGCCUUUUGUCACCGUCCUUCGAGAGGGUAUUGAGGCUGUCGUCUUCGUCGCUGGUGUUUCCUUUUCUGCUUCGGCCAAGUCUAUUCCUCUCCCAACUGUUGUCGGCCUCUUUGCCGGUUGCUGUGUUGGCUAUCUUCUUUACAAGGGUGGUGCGAGCACCAAACUUCAACUCUUCCUCGUUCUCUCGACCUGCCUCUUGUACCUCGUCGGUGCUGGUCUCUUUUCUCGCUCUGUCUGGAGUUUCGAGAUGGCCAAGUGGAACGAGUACAUUGGUGGUGAAGCUGAUGAGUUUGGAAACGGACCUGGUUCCUAUGAUAUUGACCAGAGUGUCUGGCACGUCAACUGCUGUGCCUCCACCGAAGCUAUUCAGAACGGCUGGGGUAUCUUCAAUGCCAUUCUUGGCUGGACAAACUCCGCUACUUAUGGCUCUGUCAUCUCCUAUAACCUAUACUGGGUUUGCGUCAUGGUUGGUUUCAUCAUCAUGCGUUUCAAGGAGACACAUGGCAGACUGCCUUUCGGAAAAGCAAAGGCUCCUGCCAGUGCUGUUGAUGAUGCUGAGAGCCACGCAAGCUCAGCUCCCAAGAACACUGCAACAGAGAAGACUACUACCGCUUAA